UGGCGAUCACUUUUGUCAAUCAUGAAACAUAAUUUUUUACCCCUCGUACUUUCUCUUUUCGUUCGGGUUGAUGCUUUCUAUUGCUUAUAUUUCCUGGCUGGUUUUCACCUUCACGCUGUCAAAGCUUCCAUUUUUCUUCAAAGUCUCUAAUUGUGCAUGCUAAGGAAACCUCUUUUGAAGGCGGAAGUUUUUUGAACUCUUUCCUUGUGGUUUCACAAAGCAUGAUGUGUGGUGCUCCAUGAAUUUCGCCUCAGCAUUAAUAGUUACCAUGUAACAUAUGAGAUCAUUUUCCUGGUACUAGUUAUUCAGAUUCCUACGUGAGAUGAGAUGAGACUAUCGUCAGGGAUCCUGCUGCUAUCCUGCAGCGGGACUACGGCGCUGCAGGCCUCGCAAGACGUACCUGAGCCGGAGACGACAGACAGCACUCAACUCGGGCUCGAUGUUAAGACCAAAAUCCCUAGUAUAGUAAGGAGUGUUUUCCCAUCGCCAGCUGCAUGAUGAUUCUAGGCUAUGCAUUUCUCUUUACUCAUGAACAAAAUCGAGUGUUUGUCCGCCACAAAACCUCCUUCAAGAUGGUUUCCUUACACCAGAAGUGAGUCACGUGAUGUUUUUUGUUUCCACAAUCGAUAUCAAUGACUGAAUGCUACGGAUACAAACAUCUCACUCUACUGCUCCUCUAAUGCUUACGGCUUGAUAAGCGCUUACCACCAUGCAAAUGCGCAAAGACGGCGUAACUUAUCUGGGAGGCGUCGGUUGCCAGUGCGCCGACCCGUCGAAUACAUAAGGCUCACCCCUAUCAUCUAUUCUUGUCGGCCUAUUGCUAUAGUUUUAGUUUACAACUAUAUUACUAGUACUUUUCCUAGUUCUUGUAUAAUCUUACUUCAGAUAGUCCUGCCUCUUGGAGGAACGGGAACUUCAAUUGAUCGAUGGAUUAUUUAUAGACAUAGACUUCGUCCCUGAGGAUAGACUUCCUCGUCCCUGACCCUGAGGAACUCUAAGGUACCUGGCGGAUGAAACGUGCGAUUCCAGUUGUGAUGGGUCUGGUGUUGCUGAAUUUGCGAAGCCGCAAUUUUCUGGUAACCAAACUCUGCGAGGACGAGUCUUUAACGACUCGUUGCGAGGACUAGUCUUCAACGACUCUACUAAUACCUUGUUAAGGCUAGUAGUUGUCAGUCACUAUCUGGGGCGGGUGUGGGUUCCACGGCAAUACCUACAUGACAAGUAUGGAGCCUUCAUGUCGUCGUCAAAAUUAGAUGAAUUAGGUUCUCAGUGGGUAAUAUGGGUUUCCCUCAGAUGUGGUCAAGGGCGGGAUUUUUUCAGUAGGGAAAGAGGGAAUCCACUCAAGAAAACCGCGGACAGUGAUGGGGACUGACUUCUAGCGUUAAGAUUGGUCGAUAGCCACCAUAAUCUGCGUCAGUUCAAUGGUUUGGGAGAGCACGUUACUGGGCCGAUGAUAGUAGCGGGCAGACAUCAUUAUGGCAUCCUAAGCUAGUAUAGAAGUAGUCUGCGAGAACGGCUAUAUUACACCUGGAGAAAUUUGACAGCACAUAACUCCGGUUGUAGUGACGGGCUCUCACAGCUAGUAGAAGUACUUUGAGGCUAGAAAUCUUAGGUACCUUGCCAAGUAGCUCUAGGUUCAGGUCGUCAAGACGUCCACAAAUUCAUCUUAGAAGGAGGUAUCUUUGAGCCAGUGCCGCUUUCAAACACAAGGUCAAAGAUGCACCUAAUCAAAGAUAUUUGAUGAAUUAGGGUCAGGGGAAUAAGAACUCAAAGAUGUACAACUGCCACAAAGAUGUACGUCGUCACACAAAUUUUUGGUGCCUUCUGUUAGAGCUCUAACAACAUCAUGCAGCGCCAGCUGGAGGUAGAGCGGUCUCUACAAACGUUAUUGCGCAGACGGGAACAUUUGUGGAAAUGCAGCCUCAGACAUCAAAAGUCCAAGCCUUCGGCGCUAUGAUGAAGGAGCGCGCUGAACUCUACUUCAACUCUGUGUGCAGUUAAGGUUCGGGUGAAUCUUUUUCACGACGUCUGCUUCUAUCUUGUUCACCACAGAGUUCAGGGAAAUCGUAGGCACCUUGCCGAACAAUAGAUUUGCACCACGCAGUACCUCAGUGGUCUUACAUUUGCUUUUCUGUGUCAGUUUUCAAGGAGUCUGAGUACUAAAGGUUGGCCGUUUAUGGUGGUGCAGCGACGUUCUGCACAGAGUGUUAAUAGUCUCUGUUUCUGAGUCCUUGUUGGAUUCUGAGACUAUUCUUGUUCAUCACAGAAUUCUAGCUCUACUCGUGGUCUUUUCUGUUUUUAUUUUGUUUUUGGUUGUCAGGCUGAGACCAAUUAUUUGUAGCGAGACCAUGACUGCAGAAGAUGACUUCUAUUAUAUACUUUGGGCUUGAGUAUUUUUACUUUGAGCUCUAAUGCAGUGGGCAGAAAUCGGACAUACCAGAAUUCAAAUGCCCAAACAUGUACUUUUUUUAUGAUAUUUCAUGACUUGGUUGAGGCUUGAUAUCGGACAUACCCGAACUACUGUCCCCUAGACCUGGAGGUAGUCUGUCCAAGAAUAAUCAAGUCACAAAAUAACAAAUACAACAGCAUCAACUACGACAACGAGGGUCUCGUGAUGGGCACGGAUUCAGUAUUUUCCAAGGGGAAGCUGUUUCCGGAUGUCAAGAAAGGAAAAGGGAAACAGUUACGUCAGGGUGUGUUUUGAUUCUGAUUACGACUAGUGUUUUGAUUCUGAUUACGUCAGAGACGCGACUAGUGUCGAAUGAAUCCAAGCUGACACGUACUCUUUUUACUCGUCUAAUACCCGUAUGCGGGCUUUCAACGGGGGCAUGUGUACCGACAUGGGACAAGGGGGCCUGGGAGAGCGAGAAAAAUGCCCACACGCAGAUAAUAUUAAGGCUCAGCUUUCAACGCUCAUUGGGGUUGGUCACUGAGAUCGAAGAGGCGACCCCUGGAGAGAACAGGGGAAAACGAAGGGAAAGGGGAGAGCUUUGAAGGGGGGCCCUUUCCGUUCCGAGUCAGUGACCAUUGAAGGCUGAGCUUUAAUAAUAGGCUACCUGGAUUUGAUCAGGCACUGUCGGAAACAAUACGUUGCCUAUUACGAAACGAUGGGCAAGCAACCGGUAAUUCUGAGUCAUUUCAUUUUCACUCCAAGCACUGUUGUUCUCUCUGCUUUUUCAAUGCCCAUAGUAGUGUUCAUCUUCCCCAUCUUUUUCAAUGCCCCUAGGCAUGAAGUAUGCUUGUGACUCUGCAAGAUACAUAUUGUUUUUUGUCUUAAGAAGAGAAAGAGUUUCUUGAAUUCUAAGGCCAAUGAAAUUAUUUGUCAUCUUCCCCAUCUUUUUCAGGCUGGAAGUGCCGUGCAAGAGGAGGAUCUUGCGAAGCGAGUACGGCUGGUCUGCCGCGAUGUUUUUUUCCACGAAAAUGAGAAAAGGACAAUCCUAGAGGCUUACGUGUCCAAAGUCUGUGGUAAAUUGGACGCGGAGAAACAGUGUGAAUCUCCUAAUGCCAGAGUCCAGUUUUUUCCCGGAAUCUUUGGCAAUUACUUCGAUCGCGGUCAGGUUUGUGAGGGUGGACAGAAGGGAGUCAAAUGCGAAGCCGCUUGGAGUUAAGGCCUCUUGUACUAAGUAUCUAGAUGACCACUACUCUCAAAUCCUCUUGUACCAAGCAUCUAAAUGACCACUAUUGAUUCUCAAAUGACUAAUGCUAGAUGAGACCACUAUUCAUAGAUCACAUUUGACUAUUGCUAAAUGAGACCACUAUUCAUAGAUCACAUUUGACUAUUGCUAAAUGACCACUAUUCAUAGAUCACAUUUGACUAUUGCUAAAUGACCACUAUUCAUAGAUCACGAUUCCAAGAUGGCUGAAGAUUUACGGAAGGUUAUUCUUCUAUAAAUGACCACUAUUCAUCCCAGGAGAUGACUAUUCCCGCAUGAAAAAUCCUCGGUGGUAGCUAAUCCUAAACGACCACAAUUUGUAUCUCUAAUCGAAAAAGGUGACUAUUCCUGAAAAGACGUCAGAGGAUGCGGAAGUGCCAGCUCCUCUUUUCAUCGAUGAAAUCGAGCAUGCCACUGUUGGAAGGAUUACGGCAGAUUUGUUAAAGAAAUAUAAGUACUGAAAGCGUAGUGACACUCCGAAACAAGAUGGAAGACUCUUCUCAUUUCAUCCGAGUUGUAGUUUCUUUAAUGCGCUACGUGUGACUUCUUGAUAGUACUUAGUGUUACCUCGUAUGGUGCAGCCGCUGUGUAGCCUUGUCCACAUGCACUGUAUCCGAAACCUAACCUACGAAGAUUGGCAAGUCUGUAUGAUCCAACGAGUACUGUACAUGGCUUUUUAAUUUUGUGUUUUUUUCUCUCUGUUUUGGCUCUUCAGUAGCCACUGAAGUCUGCUGGUUUAUCUAGUGGACCCGCACCUAACCUAACCAUGGCUCAAGUGCUAGCGUACGUUUCAUGGCUCUAAACUGGACGAUGAGUUGCUCAACAAAAUGUUGGACGAGAUGAACCUCUGGUGCUCCAAUUGGCCUACCGUCAUGGGGAAGCAAGUCGUAGAGGUGAAGGAAGCGGAGAAACAGGAGGCGAAGGAUACUGAAGGAAAGGAAACAGAAGGGAAGAAAGAUGAGCCGAAGCAAACCGAAGUCGAAGUGAAGACAAGACAGGUACUUACUACUAUUUUUAAUAUCUAUAAAAAAUUCAGAGAUGAUCAGGUAGGGUCAAGACCAUGAUCAUCAUGUAAGGUCAAGACCUCCACAGGUACUACACUAUAACUACAUAUUAAGUGUUGAAGUUAAGACCACAGGUACUACACUAUAACUACAUAUUAUAAGUGAAGUUAAGACCAGAGGUACUACACUAUAACUACAUAUUAAGUGAAGUUAAGACCACAGGCACUACACUAUAACUACAUAUUAAGUGAAGUUAAGACCACAGGUACUACAUCACAUUCACAGAUAACGAUGUGGGGUUGAGACAGGGAUGACACUACGCACCGAAAUAACGCUUCCCCAUUAUAUUAGAGAAAGUAGGUAGUUUAGAAUUCAAAUCCCUGAAAAAUCCAGGACGUCGCAUGUGAUGUUAUCAGAGCACCCUUGGAUGCUACUAUUACGGCCCUUCGUCAUUAGAUUCAUUUUUCUCUCUCUCAGCAUCCGUUUGAGAUCGACUGUACAGAGAGACCAUAUUUUACAGGAGAAAAAUCAGGACCGAGAUGAGCAGGAUUCGUCCACACAUGACAUGAGAGAAGCGCACUCUCUAAUUACAUGCAAGCGUCGCUGCGACAAACCGACGCUACGAAGGAGGCUGAAAAAGUCAAAGUCAACGUUGUCGCUUGCGACGAUCCUAAAUUUUAUGAAUACAGUAGACCAGCACUGGUGGACUACUUUAUAGAAUACUCGGACUGGCCUCAAAAAUGGAUCUGAUUCUAAUUUUGGGUUUUGCCAGAUCCGAUGAGGGAGGGCCUCAGAAAAUUGCGCAUGAAGAAGUGCGUCAGCGUAUACGGCGUCAUUCUGGCGGGUACCUAUCGUUAUGGUCAGCUUUUAUUCCACAUUCUAAGUAUAAUAUCUUUGAUUGAGUGUCAAGAAUUGAUCACGGGGAUCAUUCGAUAAAGAAAUUGCUGGAAAAGCAAGAAUGUAAGUAGUACGAGGCAACAAGUUUGUUCCCAAUCUCCGGACUAGGCAACUGUUUUGGAGCACCUUGACCUUCUAACAUCGUUUCCCGUCUCCGCUAUUGAAGUUUGCUGGUGGGUAUCUGGGAAACCUGUUGAACCCCACUGGUGUGGAAAAAGUGGACGAGCUGCUGAAAUUGGAGCCACAGGGUUCAGUCAUUAAAGCCAUGUCUUCAUGGUACUUACUAUGAUAGGAUUUGUUAUAAAAAAUUGAAAUGUUCAUUCAUUGGUGCGGGAGAUUGCUUCUCAACCUCAUUCAAUCAAUUCUGCCUUCCAAGUACAUUCUUGUUCGGAUCUUUCAAUUCAAGGUACUAUGCUUUGGGUGAUCCGGCUACUGUCCCUGAUGGUGGCGUUGUGAACCAACCAGCCGCCUUGGUCUUCGACGUUCCUUAAGGCUAGUACCGCUAGUAUGUCCUUAUUCUUCAGAUCGUGAUCAUUCGAUCUCCUUGUUCUAACAGAAGACGAUUCUUGGCUCUUUUUUAUUACUCUCAGCGAGGAAAUGUAUCCUAUAAUCGCAAGACGCUCUCUACCCCAGCUGCACCAUUCUCCUUAGCAAAUGGACACGAGCCAGGCAUCGGCCUGCACUAUCUUCCCUUAUUAUGUUCUUAUCUGUCCCUUAUUGUGAUAAGAAACAUGUUUACGAGGAAGGUGCAGUGAAUGCAGUCAAUCUCUAACGUCCUCCGGAGAAGUCGGAGUACGACAUUAAUCGUGCCUUUAAGCGUCAUCAGGGAGUGGAGCAUCUGGCGAAAAGCUUCAACGCUCUGCCAAAGUCUCGCGCAGACUAUGGAUUCGAUGCCGUCUAUCUUAUGGUCAGCUUCUCACCAUCUUUCUCGGCAUCUCUUCGGUGCCCUUUACUUGUUCCCAUUGAAGAAUAGAAGGAGAGAUGAGGUGGCCGAGAUGAGGGGGCCGAGACGAAUAAAAGCUGGCGCUAAUUAUCCAGUAAAUCUCAAGGAUUUAAAACCAAAUGCUCAAUUGGCAACGGUGAAGUUCUCCAUUUAUCGUUCAGUCUUCGCUCUAGUGGCUUUGCACGGCUACGGCUCCGUCAAAGACGGCGUUGUUUGGAAUGUUACGAUACGGAUUAUUAAAAGGACGCCUAUAUUCAUAUUACUAGACAGCACUGUGCUGAUAAGACGUUGCUCCUUAGGGUUCGACGUCCCCAUUUAUUUCGACCUGAAUUUUUUUUAGUGCCCACCUGGAAGGCGCUAAACCGGAGAAGAGCCCUCUCUGCAACCUGUUUCGCUACUACCUGUUUCGCUACUACCUGUUUCGCUACUACACCUGUUUCGCUACUACCUGUUUCGAUACUACACCUGUUUCGCUACUACACCUGUUUCGAUACUACUCCUCUACCUGUGGUCUCAAAUUCUCUAUUACUCAGACGGACCGGAUGGGUGAACGAUUGUAAUUAUGCGAAUCACUCCUCAAGAACAUGAUUCAGAUUGUGCUUCUUCUAAUCCAUCCCUGGAAGGCAAGAAACCUGAGGAGAGCCCUCUCUGCAAAGCCUACAAAGAAAGUCGCAACGAGGUAACGAAGGGUGGGAAAGGUGGCAACGGUGGCAACGGUAAAAAGAUGCCCUGGCACCGAUAUUGCCCAGGAUCUGGCGAGCUGAUGUCCGUGCAGAUAGCAGCAGAUGGUGUUCCAGCUGUCUCAGGACCCAAGGUCAAGGGAAGCAAAAAAGUCGACGCUUAAGGCAGCUGUCUAUUUUUUCAUCAGAUUGAAAUUUCAAUGUCUAGAAGUAGUUCAGAUGAAAACUCCCGGGGAUAAUUGGCACAUCGUUAUUUGCGUCGAUGCAUGAGUAAAUUGGAUUAUCUGAAAAGGACAUCAUACGCUAUCCACUACUCAUCUGCUGUGCCUUAUCCUAAGAGGUCAGCUCUGCCUCUACUAAUUCAAGGCGAAAUCAAAAAAGCAAGAUGUGCAAGGAUGCCACUGCGUCGCGUGGUUUUUCAACGUAUACAUAUAUACACAUUUCAGCAUGAAAAAUAGUCCUCGCCACGAAAUGACGAAACUAAACAACAUAGUCAUAUUUAGCUUUUCUGCAAAUAACGACAAUAAGCUGAUCGUUUUUCCUUUCUUAUUUCUGAAAUUCCAACCUGUGCAGUAUGCAGUUAGCGUCCCAACCUGUUCAACAAGAAUGUCAAAAUCAAUGCUUUACACUCUUUAGCUAAGAAUGAAAAAUGUUAUUACUUAAAUUCCAAGUUUAUACACUCUUUCUCUUUGGCUAAAGCCCGUACUUUUCAAAUUCCACCUUCUCCUUCAACCUCACUGUAUUUCAAAUUCCACCUUCUCCUUCAACCUGACUGUAUUUCAAAUUCCACAUUCUCCUUCAACCUGACUGUCAGUUUGUAGCGAAGAUGAAGGAGGAGCUGCCUCUUCCAAAUUCGAAUAAAGAUUUCGUGGAAAGCGGACCAGGCAGAGAGGCUAUCGAACAAGAACUUCAUGCAAGACCCGAAAAACUCAACGAGGAGCUGAAAAAGUUAGUUACGGGUGCUACUAACGCUCUUGUUGUUGCAAUUUUUCUUUCAUCCACUGACUUCAUCUACUGACCCACAACAUUCAACUAUAUUAGGUAUUCGCGGCGCCUAGAAUAGACGGAUCCUACUUAGCAUGGCCAUUACUAAUAAAUCUGUACCUAUAUAUCUUUUACCUACUAUCCUUCCUUUUUUUCCUAGUUAGCUUGGCUCCACCAGUAUAUUAGGUAUUCGCGUAUCACUAUCUUUACUCUCGCACUUCUACUUGCCUCGUUCUGUCUGCUUACCUUGCGUCACUUUCGCUAUCACACCACUUGCCUCUUCAUAUCUCUUGUCAACUGUUGUCCUCGUUUAUCUAAUCAUGUCCUUACAUCUACACCUACUUACAUUUAGAUCAAUAUUUUUCUGUUAUUCUCAGUCUACUACUAAGAUGAACUAGAAGAUACUUAUUCACAUACACAUUAUGAAUAUGUGGUCUACUAGGUUCAACAUCUUAUGACUAUAAUAUUCUCACGACCUCCUCAACCCCUCUGUCUACUAUGCUCCUCGUUCUAAUGUCUUCACCCCUGCAGCUUUUCCCUUCUUGGGAACGAGUGAGGAGCCUGUGCAAUUCAUGAGCUUCAAGUGGAGCAAGGAUAUCCAUAGCACGGUGCCCACCAGUGCGGCAGAAUCGCUAGCAUUAUGAAAGCUGAAAAGAAGGGUCAAAGUGUUGUAGCAGAAGUGUUCUAUCAGUAAAGAAGUGUACUAGAAGUAUUCCAUAAGAUGUGCAGGAUGCAGAACCUAACCUAACCUAGCUAGUCUCUAAGGUGUGGAGGAACACCGCCAGAGGCCGCACCAGAGGCCGGAGCAGAGGACGGAAAAGACGACGGCUCGUGCUGUUGCGAUAGUUGUCCUUGAGUCGUCUCAUUAUUUUCGUUUUGAUUAUGACACGGAGUUAUUGAUACCAAGUUGUACAUUUUUAUUUUUCUGUUUGAACAAGAACGAAGCACACUCACGACUUUGAUACAAAUUCACAGACUUUUGCUACGCUGGAUGAACCACCACGAUAAGUAUGGACAAGGACGAUGAGUAUGAUUGAACAACCACGAUUGGUAUGAACAGCCAUGAUAAGUGAUACAUGAUCGACCAGGUGCAGUAAUGUUAAUGCAGUCACUAACGUGACGAGGAGGAAAAAACACCAUAAGAAUGAACCAGAACUUUUUGCGAUACUUGUGCU